AUGAACUUGACCUCGUCCCGCAAGCGUCCUCGAGCGGACAGCAGCGACGACGAGGAAGAGAGCCCACGAAAGGUGGUACUUGGUGCCCCCUCUGAACUGGACAGCGAGAGCAUCCAAGGCGGCUCAGCCUCUCAUCUUUCCGAAGAAUCUGCCGCCUCGGAUCCGGUUACCCCUCCGCCGCCACACCACCGGCCACCAGAGGUCCACCUCUGCUUAGACGGGGCAACCAAGCGACGAACACCUGCGGCCGCAUUGCAGCAGGCAGCCACCUGCAAACUUCAGAAGCAACUGGACGGGCGGCUGCAAGUGUUCACUAACGGAUCCGUUAUGCCAGAUGGGACCGCGGCCGCCGCUUGCGUGAUCCAGUCCAGGGCCAGCAGCAGGCAGUGCAGGCUGCUCUUCCCGGCGAGCUCUACGGCUGCGGAACUGGCUGGUCUCCAGCUGGCGGCGGACCUGCUGGCAGAGGACAUUCCUGCCGAGCCGGUUGCAGUCCUGUGCGACAGCAAGGCGGCCCUGCAGACCCUGGCCAACCGCCGUCGAGCCGGGCUUACGGCCAGCCUCCUAAGAACCAAAUUGCGGGCCCUCACCGAUGCUGGGAUGUCCGUCUCCUUCCACUGGCUGCCCUCCUAUGGGGGCAUUGCUGGAAAGGAGGAGGCGGACACCCUUGCCAAGGCAGCUCACCAGACUAGCAUCCCCAUCUCCCAGGCCGUGGCGGCCAGGGACUAUUCGCAAGCUCGUCUCAAGAAGCUCCUCGUCAUAGUCCACAUGGACACCAGGGUGGCCAACGGGCGAGGACCAAAGCUUCUUCCAGAGACGGGCCUCACCAGGAGGGAACGGGCCGCCCUGCUGCGACUGCGGACCGGCUGCGUCUGGACCGCGGCCCGCCGCUAUGCCAAGGGUCGCGGCACCUCGCCGGCCUGCAGCCGUUGCGGUGACCCUGAGACCCUCGAGCACCUAAUCUGUGCCUGCCCUGAUUUGGCGCAGGAACGCUCGAGGGUCACCGCAGCCUACAGGAGAGAGGGCCUACCUGCCUCCACACUGGCGCACUUCCUCUUCCCGUCUCAUCCCCAUCUGCCAGCGCUCCGGAGCCUGGCGGAGUUCCUGGAGGAGACGGGAAUAGCGGCCUACCGCUGA